AACCGGAUGGUGUUGUGUAGAGGAAGUUUUGUUUUGCGAGUUUUCCGUCCCCUUUUAGAUUGACUUUGAGUGUUUAACGCGUUCACAAGAACACGAAAUGAUAUUACUGUGAAUUGGGUAAAUGCUAAGUGCUCGAGUUUCACCGAGAGAAUAAAGGCAGGAGCUGUUUGAAGCGCCGGAACUUAAUACUUCAGAGUAACCCAAGCACCUUGCAGCUAAGCUAACGCUACCCAGCUAGCGCGGCUAGCCUCCGGUUUGUGUUGAGGGGCUGAUCCGAGCUAACGAAGCCAUGGGGAACCGGGGGAUGGAAGACCUGAUUCCCCUGAUCAACAAACUUCAAGACGCGUUCAGCUCCAUUGGCCAAAGUUGUAAUUUGGACCUUCCUCAGAUAGCGGUUGUUGGUGGACAGAGCGCUGGAAAAAGCUCGGUCUUGGAAAAUUUCGUUGGCAAGGACUUUCUUCCACGUGGAUCAGGCAUUGUUACCCGCAGACCUCUCAUUUUGCAGCUGGUCAACAACAUAGCAGAAUAUGCUGAAUUCCUGCACUGCAAAGGGAGGAAGUUUGUGGAUUUUGAUGAAGUGCGGGCAGAGAUCGAGGCGGAGACCGACAGGAUAACGGGCUCCAACAAAGGCAUUUCGCCCAUCCCAAUUAACCUGAGGGUUUACUCCCCACACGUGCUGAAUCUGACCCUCAUCGACCUGCCGGGCAUGACAAAGGUUGCCGUCGGGGACCAGCCCGUAGACAUUGAGCACCAGAUCAGGGACAUGCUGCUGCAGUUCAUCACCAAGGAGAGCUGUCUGAUCCUGGCUGUCACCCCAGCCAACACGGACCUGGCCAACUCCGAUGCCCUUAAGAUCGCCAAGGAGGUGGACCCACAGGGUCUUCGCACAAUUGGUGUUAUCACGAAACUGGACCUAAUGGACGAAGGGACAGACGCAAAAGACAUUUUAGAAAAUAAACUCCUGCCACUGCGUAGAGGCUACAUUGGUGUAGUGAACCGCAGUCAAAAAGACAUUGAUGGGAAGAAAGACAUUCGUGCUGCUCUGGCGGCAGAAAGGAAGUUCUUCCUGUCUCACCCUGCCUACCGACACAUGGCUGAGCGUAUGGGCACGCCACACCUACAAAAAACACUCAAUCAGCAAUUGACCAACCACAUCCGGGACACUCUGCCUGGGCUGCGCAGUAAGCUGCAGAGUCAGCUGCUCUCUUUGGAGAAGGAAGUGGAGGAGUACAAGAACUUCCGUCCGGAUGACCCCACACGCAAGACCAAGGCCUUGUUGCAGAUGGUGCAGCAGUUCGGAGUUGACUUUGAGAAGUGCAUAGAGGGCUCCGGGGACCAGGUAGACACCAAUGAGCUGUCGGGUGGUGCCAAGAUCAACCGCAUCUUCCACGAACACUUCCCCUACGAACUGGUCAAGAUUGUGUUUGAUGAGAAGGAGCUGAGGAGGGAAAUCAGCCACGCAAUCAAGAAUGUCCAUGGUGUCAGAACGGGCCUGUUCACUCCAGACCUGGCGUUUGAGGCCAUCGUGAAAAAGCAGAUCGUUAAGCUGAAAACACCCUGUCUCAAAUGUAUCGAUCUGGUCAUUCAGGAGCUCAUCAACACAGUCAGGCAGUGCACCAACAAGCUCGGCUCUUAUCCAAGACUGAGAGAGGAGACAGAGAGGAUUGUAACCACCUACAUCAGAGAGAGAGAAGGCAAGACCAAGGACCAGGUCCUGCUGCUGAUUGACAUCGAACUGUCCUACAUCAACACCAACCAUGAGGACUUCAUCGGCUUUGCUAAUGCCCAGCAGAGGAACACGGCUGUAAACAAGAAGAGGGCCAUUCCCAACCAGGGUGAGAUUCUGGUGAUCCGCAAAGGCUGGCUCACCAUCAACAUCAGCAUCAUGAAGGGAGGCUCCAAGGAGUACUGGUUCGUCCUGACCGCCGAGUCGCUGUCCUGGUACAAAGAUGAGGAGGAGAAAGAAAAGAAGUACAUGCUGCCCCUGGAUAACCUGAAGCUUAGAGAUGUGGAGAAAGGCUUUAUGUCCACAAAGCACAUUUUUGCCAUCUUCAACACUGAACACAGGAACGUGUACAAGGACCUGCACCAAAUAGAGCUGGCCUGCAAUUCUCAGGACGAUGUGGACAGCUGGAAAGCGUCCUUCCUCCGGGCGGGGGUUUAUCCUGAGAAGGACCAGACAGAAAAUGACGAGGCUGGCCCCGUAGACACGCUGUCCAUGGACCCUCAGCUGGAGCGGCAGGUGGAAACCAUCCGCAACCUGGUGGACUCGUACAUCGGCAUCAUCAACAAAUCCAUCAGAGACCUCAUGCCCAAGACCAUCAUGCACCUCAUGAUCAACAGCGCAAAGGACUUCAUCCACUCAGAACUGCUGGCCUACCUCUACUCAUCCGGGGACCAGAACAGCCUCAUGGAGGAGUCAGCUGACCAGGCACAGCGCAGGGAUGAGAUGCUGCGCAUGUACCAUGCCCUCAAGGAGGCACUGCAUAUUAUUGGUGAUAUCAGCACCACCACCAUCUCCACCCCUGUGCCACCACCUGUCAAUGACACUUGGAUCCAAGAGGCCAGCCCAACCCCUCAGCGCAGGCCGGCUCCAGCAGCUGCUCCCCCCAGCCGUCCGCCUGCCGUUCGAGGCCCCACACCAGGUCCCCCCCUCAACCCCUCCCCAGCCUUUGGGGCUCCACUCAACCCUUCACCUGCUUUCGGAGCACCCCCAAUCCCCUCUCGCCCUGGCCCACCCAUCAAUGCCUUCAAUAGCAGCCAGGACCCCUUCAGCGCACCCCCACAGAUCCCCUCCCGGCCAGCCCGCAUCCCACCUGGCAUCCCCAGCCGAAGACCCCCUGGCGCGCCUCCUCACCGGCCCACCAUUAUCCGCCCUGCUGAGCCCUCCCUGCUAGACUAGACCUGUGGCCAAGCCCACCUGUGUGUUUGUGUGCGUGUGUGUAUGUGCACACUAUAGGCCAGGAGGGAGGGAGGCUUAAGGGGGGGGGGGACUGACUGAUAUCUGUGCACAGUGAUGCGCAUUGUCCAGCCAUUAGUACAAUGUCUAACAAAGCAAUGUUAAUAAGCUGCUAAUACCGUCUUAAGUCUCCAGCAGAUGUGCUCAGUGCACAGGAGAAAGGAAGCUUUUAACCACUUGAAUAUUACAACAAGGAAUUGGAAUACAACUGCUCUGGAAAUUGUAUAAUGCAUAACAAAAAUCCAGCUGAUCCGUGGGAUGCAUUCAUCCUCAACCAGCAGGAGGCAAUGCAUGAAAUGGCUCUGUGGAGGUAGUCGGCCAAUUAACGGCUCAUACCUUUUCAGUUCAAGACUUAUUUGUAUUAUAAUACCUGACUUGUUUUAUUUCCUAUGACAAGGCACCCAGCAGCAGCUUAUUAAAUAACAUUACAGGCUGGCUUUCCUCUCCCCUCGCCUCUGCAUUUUAGAUCGGCCCCUAAUCCCAACUCUAGAUCUGUGUAAUAUACACACCUAUGCUAUUGUUAAUGUUUUUCUGGGUUUCCAUUUUCUAACUGAUUUCAUACUGAGAAACCAUAGGCUAUUAUCGUUGUUAUUUUGGUGGUGUUCAUGAUUACCUUUUCCCCCCUGCUUGUGUUAUUUUAUUAGUGAUUUGUCCUUUUUAACGACCCUCAUAAAUGUAGCUUUAAAAUGAAUUUCUGAUGGCAGCGACAAAGAAACGUUUAAAGGACAGUUAAGCCACAGGGCAGGGCUGCACAAGUUUGAGAAAGUAGCUUCAGCCUGCUCUGUGAAUAUUCUGCCACAGUGACAAGAUGUCAGAUCAACCACUUUAAUCCAAGCACUUCUAACCGUCUAGCCUUACAACAAGCCACUCAUAAUAGUGAAGUUUUAGUCCGUUAACAUAAUACUAUGCACAGAAUCUAUGGAGACGGAGAGAGGGCCGUCUGCACUUUGCAGGAUGCUUUUCUUCUCCAUUAAUUCCAUGUUGCAGAAGCUUAAAACGUUAAUCCCUUUAGUCUCAGUUGAACCCCAGUGAGGCCUUUAGCCCUCUGGUAGAUUUUUUUGUUCAUUCCUGGUUUAAUAGAUUCCCAUAUGACAGAGCAUAUAGCACAGUUUCCUUUCAAAGGAGACCAAGCAGGGUGAAGUGGAGGGGUGUGUAGACGAGGAGGCGGCUGUAUUUUAGAGGAUGGUAUUACGCAGAGGGUUGGCUCAUCCCUUUCUGGGCUCAGCUAAGAAGGUUGUUUAUGGUUGCUAUCAAUUCUGCUGCCAUCUAUUGAAUAGCAUUGUAUAUAGCCAGCCUAUAUUGGGGGGUGAACGCUGAUUGUGACAUUUAAUUCCAAGCUGAUGAUAAAAAAGAGAGAGUAAGAUGCUAUUGAUAAUAAUCAAAGCCCAACCUUUGUAAAUGUAGUCAUCAUACUAAUAGAGGCACUAACAGUCAUUACGUAGACUCGGCUGUAGGGGAAAAGAGAUUGGUCAUCUCCUGAUGCAUUAUUUAUAACCUGGGCAUUUGUUGUUUCUUUGGAUGUUUUUGACUGCAAUUGUAUCAGCUCUGUACAGCUACAUUCUACUACGCAACCCCCCGUUUCCUCUCAUGCUGGUAUUGGGGUUGUAUUACAGGGUCCGGCUGUCUAAACCUGUUGUAUGUGGGUAAUUGGGGCUGGAGAUUGUCUCUGCAGCUGUAAUUAUAGGCUGAUGAAUAUCUUUUGAUUGCAAUGUGAGGGGAUUUGAUUUUUUCUUUUUAUUUCUUUUUUUUUUUUCCCCCCUUCAACAUUUGUGCGAGGAGAGGGGGAAGCGGGUCAGGAGGGCAAGCGACAAUGGACUACUUUGAUGUUUUUCUGUUUUCAAUUUGAUCAUUAGUGGUGGUGGUGGGAGUGGGAAUUCUGUUGUGGUGUGUGAAGAUACAUCCUGUCUGGAGAGGCUGUCUAGACUGACCUCUGUACUUGCCACAGAGGACAGAAACUUAAUACACAUUUAGCCUCAAAAGGAAGUUAAAGCUGUCCCAAACCACAGACUCUCCAGGCAUAAUGUGCUUCUCGUUCUCCUGCAUUUCUCACCAGGUCUUGCUUACCGUGACGGUGCUAGUGGAACUCGGAAAAGGUGCUUAGAAUUACCCCAAAUCUGAUUAUAUUACAAAUGGCCUAAAUCUGAUUGUAUUUCAAACGCAUCAGAUUUCUUGAUAUCUGCCAUGAAUUCCCGGCAGAGACAAGAUGUACUUCCAGUGAUACAAUCACUCAGCUCCUGAUUGGCACAGCUAUUUCAUUGUAAGGCACCUGUCACUCAAGCCUGACCUAUGACAAGCCUAGAUAAUGGUUGUACCCUGCGUCCCUUCCUCUUUCCUUCCCCUGUCUGGAUCUAGUGAAUGGGGUUGGAACCCAACCUGCAAAUAUCUCUUUUUCUUUUGUUUUGCAAAUCCUUGUCAAGUGCCUCUGUAGCAAUUAAUGGAUUUGAAUAAACAAAAUAAACUGAUUUGGACAGGAAGUCAAUAAAGAGGUGUUGUGUACAAUAAAGGGACUGGUUCUGGUG